GGGAGUGGGCACAGAGGGCGUGGUGCCGGUUCAGGUGAGCAAGCCUUGCCUCUGCCCCACAGAGGGUUUGCCCCUGCAUCAAGGUCCUUCCACGGCCCUCACUUUCCUUCUCACUUGCCGUGCAUUUUCCAGAAUAACUGUGACUCCAGACCCACAAUGGAUGCUCUACGACUGGCAAAUUCGGCCUUUGCAGUUGACCUGUUCAAACAACUGUGUGAAAAUGAGCCGGCAGGCAAUGUCCUCUUCUCUCCAAUCUGUCUCUCCACCUCUCUGUCCCUUGCUCAAGUAGGCGCCAAAGGGGACACAGCAAAUGAAAUUGGACAGGUCCUUCAUUUUGAAAAUAUCAAAGACGUACCCUUUGGAUUUCAAACAGUAACAUCGGAUGUGAACAAACUUAGUUCCUUUUACUCACUGAAACUAAUCAAACGGCUCUAUGUAGACAAAUCUCUGAAUCCUUCUACAGAGUUCAUCAGCUCUACAAAGAGACCCUACGCAAAGGAAAUGGAAACCGUUGACUUCAAAGAUAAAUUGGAAGAAACAAAAGGUCAGAUCAACCAGUCAAUCAAGGAUCUCACGGAUGGCCACUUUGAGAACAUCUUGGCUGACAACAGUGUCACUGACCAGACCAAAAUCCUUGUGGUUAAUGCUGCCUACUUCGUUGGGAAGUGGAUGAAGAAAUUUCCUGAAUCUGAGACCAAAGAAUGCCCAUUCAGAAUCAACAAGACGGACACCAAACCAGUGCAGAUGAUGAGUAUGGAGGCCACAUUCUGUAUGGGCAACGUUGAUGGUAUCAAUUGUAAGAUCAUAGAGCUUCCCUUUCAAAAUAAGCACCUCAGCAUGCUCAUUCUGCUACCCAGUGAUGUGGAGGAUGAGUCCACGGGCCUGGAGAAGGUUGAACAACAGCUCAACUCAGAGACACUCUUGCAGUGGACCAAUCCCAGCACCAUGGCCAAUGCCAAAGUCAAACUCUCCAUUCCAAAAUUUAAGGUGGAAAAGCUUGUUGAUCCCAAAGCUAGUCUGGAAAACCUAGGGCUGAAAAAUAUCUUUAAUGAGAAUACAUCUGAUUUCUCUGGAAUGUCAGAGACCAAGGGAGUGGCCCUCUCCAAUGUUAUUCACAGAGUGUGCUUAGAGAUAACGGAAGAUGGUGGGGAUUCCAUAGAGGUGCCAGGAUCGCGAAUCCUGCAACACAAGGAUGAAUUCAAUGCCGACCACCCAUUUAUUUACAUCAUCAGGCACAACAAAACGCGAAACAUCAUUUUCUUUGGCAAGUUCUGUUCUCCUUAAGUGGCAGAGCCCAGGUUAAGUCCCACCUGACUUUUCUGUAAACUCUGCAUCCAAAGAAUCACUUUCUAAAUACAAUAAUUGUUAAUAUUGCUGGAUCAGGAAGUAGCUGGUACUUGACAUGUGUAACCCUCACACUAAUAGGCUCUUCUUUUCCAAUCCUUUCUUUUAUUCUCCCCACCCCUGCCCCCUGCCAUAAACUACAAUGCUUUUAAUGAAAAGGAGUUACAGUAGAUGAAAAAUAUGUAUUCAUUACUUGCCAAAUUAUCUAGGGUCAUGGGCAGGAAUGCAGUCUUCCGCAAUGAAAAUUCCUGUAAGGAGGAUCUGGAGGAUUUUAGAGCUUCAUCUUCCUUUACUGGGAUGCAGAAUGUUCCAGACAUUCUCACUUCCCUGGGAGACUAAAGAAACUGGUACAUGGGAUUCACAAAACUUUCCUGGCUCCAACAAAAGUUGGGCACGCGUUUAGGCUGCUGUCGGCCCCUGGUUCUUUUUGCUUAAACUGUGGUCCCAAUGUUUUCUCCCAACUCUGUGACUUUUUGGGAUUUUAGAAAGCUAACAUGUUGCACAUACUAUAUGUUAUGGAAGGAACUCCAUUGAGAGAGUCUGGGGCAGCACCCUGUAAAUAAACACUUUCAUAUUUCUGCCGCAAAACAUAGAAUAUUCACACAAAUUGGAUAAGGACUCUGAGUAGCCCAUAAUAAAUGUCAGGUUUUACUGCCAAAUGAGUGUGCCACCCGCUUAUGAAGAAGCUUUUGGUUUUCAGACCUUUUUGAAAUUUUGGAAGGUUGGAGAGGGCAUUGCAGACCCGUAGUAGUGGAAGUGCAGCACCUCGAGGGGAGGUUAGAUUUUAUUAAAAAUCCACUUUCACUUUCGACAGAACACGCAUGUGGUCACUUGGCUGGUGGUAGGUCACUGAUGGACAGGGAAUGCUGACAGCCUCAACAAGGCUCUGGGUGUCUGAUGAUCAGGGACUUCAAACACGCGGGGAUUUUUAAGGUAGCCGAUAAAAGAGUAUUUUGAGUGUUGAAGGAACUUGGCUCUUUGUCUAACGUGCUAGUGGGAAAGGGGAAAGGAGCUAAUGCCUUUGGAGAGAACAACAGGAAUUGGAGUGUUCUCACUGCCUUGACACGUAUGUUUCCAGACUACGGGUUUAGUUAUGGUACAUAGUUAGUAACUUACAUUAAUAGUAAUUUGUGAAGUUGGUCUGUUACGUUAUCUGUGCUGCAGGUACACGGGUUAGCUCACUACCAAAAGAGCACAUUUGCUGACGAUUUCGUGACAUUCCUUCACCCAUCUCUUCUCUGGCAUUCAUUGUAAAUAGGUUCAACUUUCUUCUUGCUCUGAAGGUUCAAUAUUGAAUGUCUUUUAUGUCACCGAUAAUAAAAUAUUACUGAACUACA